CUAAGCGAUAAAUAUACGUUGCAAUCUACGGAGAGCUACUUCUCUCUGCGACUACUUAUAUAAAUAAACUCAAGCGAACUUGUUAUUACUGUUUUAUUUGUGCGUGUUAAUUAUUAAAUAUAUUCAAGACGACGAUCAUUAAAGAGCUUAACGAUCUUAAAAUAACUGAAGAGGUUAAAACAAAAGAAACGACCAUGCCUGAGGAAGACACAAAAAUGGCUGUUGAGGGUGAAACCGAGACUUUUGCUUUCCAAGCUGAAAUCGCCCAGUUGAUGAGUUUGAUCAUCAACACCUUCUAUUCUAACAAGGAAAUCUUUCUUCGUGAAUUGAUCUCUAACUCAUCUGAUGCUCUCGACAAAAUUCGUUAUGAAUCACUUACCGAUCCAUCGAAACUUGAUAGCUGUAAAGAAUUAUUCAUCAAGAUCAUACCCAACAAAAAUGAUCGUACUCUCACCAUCAUUGACAGUGGUAUUGGUAUGACGAAAUCAGACCUGGUGAACAACCUGGGAACCAUCGCCAAGUCCGGUACUAAAGCUUUCAUGGAAGCUUUGCAAGCUGGUGCAGACAUCUCUAUGAUUGGUCAAUUUGGUGUUGGUUUUUACUCGGCUUACCUGGUGGCUGACAAAGUAUCUGUUGUGUCCAAACACAACGAUGACGAGCAGUAUUUGUGGGAGUCUGCAGCCGGUGGUUCAUUCACAAUUCGUCCUGACAACGGCGAACCUUUGGGUCGUGGUACCAAGAUCGUCCUCCACAUCAAGGAAGACCAAGCCGAAUUUCUAGAAGAAUCCAAAAUCAAGGAAGUUGUCAAGAAGCACUCGCAGUUCAUUGGCUAUCCAAUCAAAUUGUUAGUUGAGAAAGAGCGUGAAAAAGAAUUGAGCGACGACGAGGAAGAAGAAGAAGAGAAAAAGAAGGAUGCUGAUGAAAACGAAGACGACAAGCCCAAGAUUGAGGAUGUUGGUGACGAUGAAGAUGAAGAAAAAGAUAAAAAGAAGAAGAAAAAGAAGACUAUUAAAGAAAAGUACACUGAAGAUGAAGAAUUGAACAAGACAAAGCCAUUGUGGACUCGCAACCCUGAUGACAUCAGUCAAGAAGAGUACGGCGAAUUUUACAAGAGCUUGACAAAUGACUGGGAAGAACAUUUAGCAGUAAAACACUUUUCUGUAGAAGGUCAACUUGAAUUCCGUGCUCUUCUAUUUGUUCCACGUCGUGCACCUUUCGAUUUAUUCGAAAACAAGAAACGUAAAAACAACAUCAAACUGUACGUGCGACGUGUCUUCAUCAUGGACAACUGUGAAGAAAUAAUUCCCGAUUACCUGAACUUCAUUAGAGGUAUUGUUGACAGUGAAGACCUUCCACUCAACAUUUCUCGUGAAAUGCUCCAACAAAACAAAAUCCUCAAAGUUAUUCGCAAAAACUUGGUCAAGAAAUGUUUAGAACUUUUUGAAGAGUUGGCUGAAGAUGGUGAGAACUACAAGAAAUUCUACGAGCAAUUCUCCAAGAACUUGAAGCUUGGUAUUCACGAAGACACAUCUAACCGCAAAAAAUUAGCUGAUCUUCUGAGGUUCCACACAUCGGCGUCGGGCGAAGACUCGUGCUCGCUCAAGGACUACGUUGGCAGAAUGAAGGAGAACCAGAAGCACAUAUACUAUAUCACUGGUGAGAACCGAGAUCAGGUAUCCAACAGUUCAUUUGUUGAGCGAGUAAAGAAACGUGGAUUUGAAGUUGUCUACAUGACUGAGCCAAUUGAUGAGUAUGUAGUCCAGCAGCUGAAGGAGUUUGAUGGCAAGCAAUUGGUGUCAGUUACCAAAGAAGGUCUAGAACUACCAGAGACUGACGAAGAGAAGAAAAAGAUGGAAGAAGACAAAGCCAAGUUUGAGAACUUGUGCAAAGUUGUCAAAGAUAUCUUGGACAAGAAAGUAGAAAAAGUCGUUGUAUCCAACAGGUUGGUAGAUUCCCCUUGCUGUAUCGUCACUUCACAGUACGGAUGGACUGCCAACAUGGAAAGGAUAAUGAAAGCCCAGGCUUUGAGAGACACCUCGACGAUGGGAUACAUGGCAGCUAAGAAACAUCUUGAAAUAAAUCCCGACCAUCCGAUCAUGGAAAACCUCAGACAGAAAAUCGAAGCCGACAAACACGACAAGUCGGUGAAAGAUUUGGUGAUGCUGUUAUUUGAAACUGCCUUGAUGUCAUCAGGGUUCGCACUGGAAGAUCCUCAAAUCCAUGCUGCGAGAAUUUACCGCAUGAUAAAAUUAGGAUUGGGAUUAGACGAUGAUGAUGUACCGAUGGAGGAAAUAAAAGCGAGCGAAGAUGUCCCGACGAUCGAAGAAACCAACGACGAUGAAGCCUCAAGGAUGGAAGAAGUUGAUUAGAUUUCAAAAAAUUAUAUUUUAUAAUUAUUUAUUGUUAUUUCUAAAGACUUGAGUCAUCGAGACUGUUUACUUUUUUAAGUAUUACCUCCAGCAGAGCAUUGAGAACAAGUCAUUUUUACAUCAUCUCAAUUUAAAGCACUUCUGCUGUUUUUAUGACUUUGAUUUUUAUUUUUUUCCUUUUUGUUAUUAACGAAUUCAUUCUUCAUUUUACGCGAGUCAAUAAGUUUCAUUCCAUACUUCAUCUAUGUAAUUUAUUAAUGUAAGUUGAUAUUGCGAUUGAAUGUGUGAAUAAAUGCUGAAGAUGAUAGUUGAUAUUUAAAAAAAAAAAAGAAA